AGAAUUGGAGUUUGAUUUUAAUAAUCCGUAUAAUAAAUAUAUCCCGUGUUGAUCAUUUAGAUUUAUUUCUAUUGUAACACUGACAUAUAUUAAUAUUUAAGUUUUUCAAUUUAUUCGUAGUUCAUUAAAGAAUAUUUCUUAACAAGAUUGUUUUCAGAUAGAAGAAAGAAGAAAGAAAAUGGGUGGUAGCAGUGAGAAGAACAAAAACGCAGAGCUGAUCUUGAUUCCCUCGCCAGGAAUUGGGCACUUGACUUCAUCUCUAGAAUUUGCACAGCUUCUAAUCAACCGUGACAACCGUCUUUCCGUCACAAUCCUCUGCAUCAAGUUCCCUUUCACACCCUUUGCAGACUCUUACAUCAGAACAGCUUUAGCCUCACAACCCAAAAUCAAACUCAUUGAUCUCCCUCUAGUGGAGCCACCACCACGGGAGCUAGCUCUCAACUCCCCUGAACACUACAUAUGGACCUUCAUGGAAAGCCUCAAACCCCACGUCAGAGCCAUCAUGCAAAACAUUUUAUCACACCCAGUUGUUGGUUUAGUCCUUGAUAUCUUUACUAUGUCUAUGGUUGAUGUGGGAGAUGAACUUGGCAUACCCUCUUACAUGUUCAUGACUUCAAAUGUUGCAUUCACAGCUUUCAUGCUUUUCCUCCUCAGCCGUCGGAUGGAGGAUGUGUUCAGUGAUUCUGAUCCUGACUUGUCGAUUCCCGGGUUCCCGGAUCCGGUUCCUCCGAGUGUUCUGCCUGAUGCUGCUUUCAACAAAGACGGUGGAUACGCCACGUAUUACAAGCUUGCUAAGAGGUUCAUGGAUACCAAAGGGAUCAUUGUCAACUCUUUUUCAGAGCUGGAGCAGUAUGCUAUUGAUGCAUUGUCUGAAGAAGGUCAAAGUCGAACCCCUCCUGUCUACGCUGUUGGCCCUUUGAUUGAUCUCAAGGGUCAGCCUAACCCUAAUUUGGAUCAAGCUCAGCAUGACAAAGUGUUGAAAUGGCUGGAUGAGCAGCCAGGUUCUUCUGUUGUUUUUCUUUGUUUUGGGAGCAUGGGAGGGUUUGGUCCUUCUCAAACAAGGGAAAUAGCACUAGCACUUCAGGGUAGUGGGGUAAGGUUCUUGUGGGCUAUGCGUUCUCCCCCAACCUCAGACAAUGCAGACAGAACCUUACCAGAAGGUUUCUUGGAAUGGAUGGAGGAAGGUAAAGGAAUGGUAUGUGGAUGGGCACCCCAAGUGGAGGUUUUGGCACACAAAGCCAUUGGGGGGUUUGUGUCUCAUUGUGGAUGGAACUCUAUUUUGGAAAGCUUGUGGUUUGGGGUACCAAUAUUGACAUGGCCUAUCUAUGCAGAACAACAGCUGAAUGCUUUUUGGAUGGUGAGGGGAUACGAAUUGGCAGUGGAGCUUAAAGUGGAUUAUAGAAGGGGUAGUGAUCUUGUGAUGGCAGAGGAGAUAGAGAAAGGCUUGAAACAAUUGAUGGAUGGAGAUAAUGUGGUGCACAAGAAUGUGAAGGAGAUGAAAGAGAAGGCUAGGAAUGCUGUCCUUACUGGUGGGUCUUCUUACAUUGCUGUUGGGAAACUAAUUGAUAAUAUGUUGGGAAGCAACUGAUAACAUAGUUGUUGUGUUUUAUUAGAUGGAGUUGCUCCUUUCCUGUUAGAUGAAUAAUCAAAUGGUUGCAGUUUGUGUAUGACGAAUUUGCUUGAGCAAUUAUGAAUAUUCUUCUGUUCUGCGUUUUC